GAUCUAGACAGACUCGAAGCUUGGCUUUCCCCCAAUAGGCCUGCUCACAUUUGUUGAGCUCAAUCCCCACUCAAACACCACUUCUUUCAUUUCUCUUCACCUGCUCUAGGUAUAUUAUAGACACCUACGGGCACAACGACAAAGUCCACUAACUCUCUACUUGUUUCUGCUCAGCAAAUGUUUCGUGCAGGCUCGUCCAAGCUUAGCGCUCCCCUGCGUUUCCGUAGGACACUCGCGACCCAUGUCAUUCAAACACCACCUGUUGUUACCAGAGUGACACGACACGACUGGUCGAAACAAGAGAUUCAGCAGAUUUAUGAAAGCCCUUUGCUUGAGCUCGUCUUCCGGGCUGCAAAUGUACAUAGGCAGCACCAUGAUCCUUCAAAGAUUCAACUGUGCACACUCAUGAAUAUUAAGACUGGAGGAUGUUCCGAGGAUUGCUCGUACUGCUCACAGUCGUCGCGUUAUUCAACUCCGACAAAAGCUUCUCGACUGGUUGACAUCGACCCUGUGCUAGAGGCAGCUCGUAAGGCCAAAGAAAACGGAAGCACGCGAUUUUGCAUGGGUGCGGCCUGGAGGGAUCUCGCCGGUCGUAAGCGAGGCUUUGAGAAGAUCUUGAAGAUGGUCCGAGAAGUUCGUGGAAUGGGUAUGGAGGUUUGCACUACAUUGGGCAUGCUGUCGCCUGAGCAGGCGAGACAACUGAAGGAGGCAGGACUAACCGCUUAUAAUCAUAACUUGGAUACUUCACGGGAAUUCUAUCCUAAGGUCAUUACAACUCGAUCAUAUGACGAUCGAUUAGACACCAUCUCUGCUGUGCGAGAUGCUGGUAUCAGUGUCUGCUCCGGCGGUAUCCUUGGACUUGGUGAAUCGGAUGAGGAUCGCGUGGGACUUAUUUUCGAGGUAUCGAACAUGCCCGAGCAUCCCGAGUCGUUCCCUGUCAAUGCUUUGGUGCCCAUUAAAGGAACACCACUCGAAGAUAAUGAUCCUGUCUCAUACCAGGCCUUGUUGCGCACCGUUGCCACUGCUCGAAUCGUACUCCCGCAGACUAUCAUCCGGCUAGCAGCAGGACGCCAGACGCUGGACGAAUCUAAACAAGCCAUGUGCUUCAUGGCGGGUGCAAAUGCAGUUUUCACUGGCGAGCAAAUGUUGACAACACCCUGCUCGCCUUGGGACGAGGACAAAGCGAUGAUGUCACGAUGGGGACUUGAAGGUAUGCGUAGCUUUGAGCAAGUCAAUGUCGCACGGAAAGAAGGGUCUAGACUAUUGGAUAGCCCGUCUACCCCGGAUGUUGAAGCUGAAGCGGCGCCAAGAUCUUCCGUAUCACAGCAGGCUCUGUGACGAUUUACAUUGACCGUACGACAUUAAACCAAAAAUGUUUGUAUCAUUUAGAGACGAAUCGAAGAGUGUAGCGCUUCUGCUUCUAUGUGUGCGCGGCCGCGGCGGCGAAGUGUCGAAUCGCUCUGGCUUUGACGGACAAAUUGCAUUCAUUCCUUCCAUCUUGAGAAAGGAAGCACAAUACUACUCGCCGUUUGAUGUAUGUCAAUGGCCGGUACCGAAGCAACAAAUUGUUAUAACUUGCUUUCGAGUGCAUCAUAAUUUGAAAGUCCGCAAGACCUGAACACGUUGGCCCAUUUUCUCGUUCCGCUUGUAUUUGACUGGCCAAUUGUCGCAUACGUGCACUUUCUCCGAUCACCGUCGAUGGUCUGGAUUCCAGGGAAGAGCACGUCUUCGACUUUGCCGAUGUACAGCUUCUCGAGGACUUCGUGUGCAUGAAUGUAUCUGACGCUGGUAUG